AUGGCUCCACAGACUGGCUCCAGAGAAAAGGAGGCACAACCUGUUUCACCCUUUCCACAGCUUUUCACUUGGGAAGAGAUCAAAAUCCGCAAUGGCCGGGGUGAGGGUCAGGAGCAGUGGCUGGUGAUUGAUAGGAAGGUUUAUGAUGUCAGCAGAUUUUCCAAGCAACACCCCGGAGGGAGCCGAGUUAUGAAGCACUAUGCUGGGCAAGAUGCCACGGAUGCCUUUAUAGCAUUUCACAAUGAUAAGUCUCUGGUGAAAAAAUACUUGAAAUCUCUGCUGAUUGGAGAGUUGGCACCAGAUCAACCCAGCUUUGAGUCUAAUAAAAAGAAAUCCCUGCUGGAGGAUUUCCGUGAGCUGCGCUGCACCAUUGAGCAGAUGGGACUGCUGAGGCCAAACUACUUCUUCUUCUUCCUGAUUUUCCUUCACCUCCUGGUACUGGAUGCAGCAUCCUGGCUCGUGGUCUGGUACUUUGGCAUCUCCUUCGUGCCUUUUGUGACUGGCAUGGCAUUCUUCACCACUGCUCAGAUCCAGAUGGGCUGGUUCCAACAUGAUCUGGGGCACUUCUCUGUCUUCAGGAAGCCUAAAUGGAAUCGACUCCUGCAGAUUGUGGUGAUAAAUGUUCUGAAGGGGUUACCUGCCAGCUGGUGGAACCACCUGCACAACCAGCACCAUGCCAAACCCAACUGCUUCCGCAAGGACCCUGACCUCAACAUGCACCCUCUGCUCUUCAGCCUGGGCAGGACACUCUCCGUGGAGCUGGGGAAGAAGAAGAAGAAGUUCAUGCCUUACAAUCACCAGCACAAGUAUUUCAGCUUGCUGGCCCCACUUGCACUCAUACCCUUCUUCCAGCUGUCUAUAAUCUACUUUGCAAUCAAGAGGAAAAAGUGGUUGGAACUGCUGUUGGUUGUGUCUUUCAACAUCCGAGUCUCCCUCAUGUAUAUUCCUUUAAUGGGAUUUAACAACUUCUUGGUGUACUACUGGCUGUCCAGGUACCUGGAGAGCACCUGGUUUAUUUGGGUGUCACAGAUGAAUCACAUUCCAAUGCAUAUUGAUUAUGAUAAGAACAAAGAUUGGGUGUCUACUCAGCUCCAUGCAACCUGCAAUGUGAACCAAUCUUUUUUCAAUGACUGGUUCACUGGGCACCUGAACUUCCAAAUCGAGCACCACCUGUUCCCCACGAUGCCUCGCCACAACUACUGGAAAGUGGCUCCUCUGGUGAAAAGCCUUUGUGAUAAGCAUGGCAUUGAGUAUAAAAGCAAGACUUUACUGACAGCCUUUGUAGACAUUUUGCAUUCACUGAAGGAUUCUGGGGAGCACUGGCUUGAGGCAUAUAUGCAUGGCUAG